AUGGUGCGUGUAAAAAAGCGUGCGUCGAAGCGCCAGGCGAUUAAGCAGCGUGUCAAGAUCCAUAAGAAGGUUCUUGAACACAAGCGUAAGGAACGCCGUGAUGCUAAGCGAAGCACACAAUGGAAGUCCCGCCGUAAGGAAGAUCCUGGUAUCCCGAACAACUUCCCCUUUAAGGAGGACUUGCUGAAUGAGAUUGAAGAGCGCCGCCGUCAGGAAGAAGAGCAGAAGAUCGCUGCUAGGGAGGCCAAACUCCGGGGCGAUUUCGAUGAAGAGUCGGACGAAGAAGAAGAGCUUCCAGCCCCUGGCUUUGAAGAGCCCAUUGAACUGCCUCAUGCGCCUAUGCUCCAUCGUCCCCUGCAAGACAUCCUCACCAAGCCGGACGAUAUCAAGGCGCUUGUAUAUGUCUUGGACGCUCGUGAUCCAUCCAGCUUCCGUAGCACUUGGCUGGAAUCGGAGCUGCAGGGCCACAAGAAGGCGCCUAAGCUGAUCUACGCCCUCGCUAAGGCCGACUUGGUGCCAGCGGAAGCCGUGACAGGCUGGACCUACGAGCUGAUGCAGGCCCACCCUACCUUUCCUGUCUCUGUCCUGCCUUCUGCUGUGAAGGACCAUGCAGGUGUUGAGGCGCUGGUAGCGUACUUGCAGGCCAACAUGAAGAAGGGCAACGUGGCUGUGAUUGGUUUGCAGAAUGCUGGUAAAACCUCCGUCGCGAUGGCGUUGCAGGGCGCGUUCCAAGAGAAGAACAGUACAACCCAGGUGUAUGAUACAACGAUGCUCGUCCCGUCCACGAUGAGCCUACCUAUGGCCGGGGAAGACGACGAUGAAGAGGAGGACGACGAGGAGGACGAAGACGAAGACGAAGACGAAGACAUUAUGGCCGAGCUGGAACGUCGUCAAAAGCUCGAUGCCAAGUACAUGUGGACAUUGAUGCGGAACCAAGGGCAUGUCCAGCGUUUCAAGGACCCAGUGGCCUUGGUGCGCUUGCUGCUGCCACGUAUUGCGCAGCCCAUCGACUUGAUGCUGACCUAUAGCAUUCCAGCCUUUGGCUCGUUUGUCCCUGAACGCGCUACGCUUGCUGACGAUGCGCCGAUGGAUGAGGUGGUGCGUGAGCAGCAUCGUCAGACGGAAGAAAAGGCGCAGGCGGAUACGGAACAGUUCCUGAUUGGCGUUGCUCGAUCUGUCGGACGUUUGAAACGUCAUGGCGUGCCUGAUGUGCUGGGCGCUGCGCGCUUGAUCCUGCGCGAUUGGUCGCAUGAGGGUUUGGGGUACUAUGCCGUGUCUCAAGCCAAGGCCAAGGCUAUCGAGACAGCGGGCACCAAGGAGGACAAGGCACGGUGGGCAAAGGCGGCCGAGCUGGUAGAGGCCAUGCCUGUUGUUCUUCCUCGCAAGGCCUGGCGUCAAACAUGGGAGAAGCGCGAGCUGCGUCUGAAGCCAUUGGAAUCUGCGCCUCUGGGUACCUCAUCGUUGGUCUUUGCGCCGCUGCCUGACAAGGACGACGAAGACGAGGAGGAGGAUGUGCCUGUCUACGCAGACGAUGACGAAGAAGACGACAUCCCUGUCUAUGAUGAUGAGGAGGACGAGGAAGAAGACGAGGAAGAAGACGAGGAAGAAGACGAGGAAGAGGAGGACGACGACGAGGAGGAGGAGGACGAGGAAGAGGAAGUGCCGCCUCCUCGCUCUUUGUCCAAGAAGCGGGGAGCCUCGACGGUGAUGCAGAAACGCGCUGCCAAACAGGCCAAGCCAUCCAAAGCGUCGUCGAAACCUGCCAAGACCUCGAAGCGGGCAGAGCCAGCGCCAGGCGAAGCCUACGAUAUUAAUGCAUACUUCUAG